AUGGAGAUCAAUGACGAAGUCAACAAGUUCCGUAAGUUAUCAAACUCACUCAGUAUCUGCCAUGGAUGCCUUAUACAUGGAUCUAGAGUUGUGAUUCCACAUAGCUUGCAGCCAAAGAUCCACAAUCUUCUGCAUCUUGGACUCUUUGGCAUGGAACGCAUGAAACAACUAGCAAGAACUGUUGUUUAUUGGCCUGGUAUCGAUGCUGCUAUAGAGAUAGCCAGUCGACGAUGUGAUUCGUGCAACGAACAUCAAAUGCAGCCAUCUAAGCCUCCAGUCCACCCAUGGAUUUUACCAGAAAAGCCGUGGAGCCGCUUACACCUAGACCACGCAAUAAAUUUUAUGGGUAGAGAUUGGCUGGUGAUCACAGAUGCUUAUUCCAAGUAG